AUGAGCCAAACUGGCAGAUCUACAAGCAGUUCGUCGGCCUCUGAUGAGACUCCCUCCAACGCCCCUGUCGUAACUCCUGCGGCCACCACUACAGCACCGGUGGCUACGAAGGCACCUGUUGCUCAGACUCCUGCCCCAGCCCAAGAGGUUCUGACCGCAGCGCCGGUGGCCACGAAGGGCCCGGUUGUUCAGACUCCCACCCCGGCCCCUGAGGUGACGACUGCUACGCCUGAGACUCCUUCCACUCCAACGACCCCAGCUCCCGAAGUCACCAGUGCGACGCCCGAUGUACCUGAUCAGGCUACUCCGUCGACUACAGCCCCCGAAGUCACCACUGCGACGCCUGAUGUCCCUGAUCAGGCAACUCCGUCAACUACAGCCCCGGCCCCCAAGGAUAACUGCCUCAUGUAA